AUGUCGAGAGUAAGCAUCAAACAGAUACUAUAUAUAUUCAUUUAUUGUGUGUUUGUAUUCUCUUCUUUGGCAGAAAUAGGGUUUUCAAUUUGGUUACAUUUCGGCGACAGUGCUACUCUUUGCCAGAAAGUGUGGCAGAAACCUUCGCUGAUAGUGGGAGUGUUUUCCCUGGUUGUUUCAGGUUUCAUAUUCGUUGAUUGGUUCUGCCGAUCAGGCACGUUUAUCAGUAGGAUAUGUUCGAUUUUGCUAUAUUUGAUCUUUUUCGGACAGUUAUUUUUCACGUUGUUUGGAGUUUUGGUCACCAAUAGAAACGUGAGCAGGACUUUAUUUGGGAGAGAUGGAAAUUACUCGCAUUACUUGUUGAACAAGUAUGCAUUGAGUACCGAGAAUUGGAAGCCGAUUAAGAUAUGUUUAGUUGAUACAGAUUUUUGUCAUUCUACAACUGUAACAGAUUCUUAUUACAAAUACAUCUUUCCUGUUACCCAGUCGAACUGUUGCCAGCCUCCCAGAUAUUGCGGCUUGGAGUUUCACAAUGUUACCAACUGGACCAUGCCCAAAUCAGGGCCGUCGGUAGCAGACAAUGACUGCAAGAUUUGGAGCAAUGUACAGUCUGAGCUCUGCUUCAAUUGUCAAUCAUGUAGAACACCAUUCGUUGAUGAACUCCAUUUUGAAUGGAAGUUAUGUUCCAUUGCCUGCUUUGUACUCUUUCUUGUCUUUUACUUUGUUUGCAGUGUUCAGUGGUUUAUUCGCAGGGGAAGAAAUCAAAUGGAUGCCAAAAACGCUAAGCAUGAGCCAUAUUCGUUUGUUGCAUUUCCAUUUACCUAA